UAUAUAUUAAAAACACUUAAACAAAGUUUGCACUUGCUCCUGUCACUAAAAAUGAAGAUAUUUUUGGCAAUAUUGACAUUUUGGUCAAUUCAAAAAUUUGGUUCAACUUACAAUAUUUUGGGAGUUUUUACUUUUUGUCAGCAUAGUCACUUCACGCUGGGAUUUCAAUUGUUAAAAUCGUUGGCAGAUAGUGGUCAUAAUGUUACUAUGAUCAGUUGCUUUCCCCAACAAAAACCCAUCAAAAACUGGGUAGAUAUAUCAGUAAGGGUAGGAACUAAUCAGGAUCAAGUACUAGGUAUAUUGGCGAGAGGACCUGAACUACAAACAAUGACGCAUUGGACUAAAUUAAACUUCAUGGCAGCCUUAGGAGAAACAUAUAGUUCAGCCACAUUCGAAGUAAAAGCAGUUCAAGCCUUACUAAAAUCCAAUCAAAAAUUCGACGUUGUAAUUCAAGAAAAUUUUUUAAACGAAGCAUUUGCGAUAUUUCACCACAAGUUUAACUGCCCAUCAAUUAUGUUUGUGCCGACUCCGACAACAUUUUUUAGUAAUUACAUAGUAGCCAAUCCUUGGUCGCCAGCUUUUAUACCGAGCAUUAUAGGAGAAUAUUCCGCCGAAAUGAAUUUUUGGCAGCGUCUUCGAAAUACUUUUGAGCAGGUUCUUGGAGAGUAUUUUAUCCACCAUACAGAGAUUCCCAUACAAAACAAAGUAUUAAAGAAAUACGUAAAAGGUGCCCCUGAUCUAAGAAGCAUUUUAUACAACACCAGUUUGUUACUUAUUAGUUCCCACGUUAGUUUCAUUGAUCCAAUACCUCUUCAACAAAAUGUGAUUCCUAUUGGAGGAUUUCACGUGACACCUCCUGAGCCCUUACCAAAGAAAAUCAAGCAUUUUUUGGAUACCGCCCCCCACGGGGUUAUCUUAUUUUCGAUGGGUUCAAAUAAAGGUAUCACUUUUAAUGUAAGACAAAAGAAAGACAUGUUGAAAGUUUUUGCAAAACUUUCACAAAAAGUGAUCUGCAAUGUAGACUUCGCUUCUAUCGAGACGCCAGAAAAUGUGUUGGUAGCAGAUUGGUUGCCACAAAAAGACAUCUUAGCUCAUCCAAACACAGUAGCCUUCAUUUCUCAUGGCGGUUUAUUAGGAACAACUGAAGCUGUAUAUUUUGGUGUUCCAAUACUAGGAAUACCAGUGUACUGGGAUCAAGCUAAAAAUAUUGAAGAGGUAGUUGCAAAAGGUUUUGCUGUACGAUUAGAUGCCGAAGAUAUAGACGAGCAGACUUUCGAAGCAUCCCUAAAAAGACUUAUUAAUGACCCUAGUUAUAGGCGAAACGCUAAAGAAAGGUCACAAAUUCUUCGUGAUCAAUCAGUAAACCAACGAGACCAAGCUGUGUUUUGGGUAGAAUAUGUAAUCAGACAUAAGGGAGCGCACCAUUUAAAAUCAGCCGCACUUAAGCUUAAGUGGUACCAGAGGUAUCUUCUGGAUAUUAUUUUAUUUGUAACUGUGGCGUCUGUAUUUAUAAUAUUUGCCAUUUAUUACUGUAUUAAGUUAUUAGCAUCUAUAAAAAAUCAAACAAAGCUAAAGGAUAAAGUAUAUUAAAGCUAAUAAUAAUA